AUCCAGCUCCAUGCUGUCCUUCACACCACCACAUCAUCAUCCUUACAUUAGUUACCGAAAAGAUCAACUCUAUGGAAGUCACUGCCAGCUCUGCGCUCCAUUUCUAGUUAGGGCUUCUCCAACUGAUGCUUCCCAAUCUCUCUUUCCCUAGAGUUAAUUGCAGAGCUCGAGCUUCUUGCAGGUCAUUACCUCAAAGUGAGUGAAGGUAGUCUCCAUGCUGGGCCUAGCUAUUGUCCUUUACAAUGUCGAUCAUGAGGUCAUGUCUGUGGCCAUUGUUCCCCUUUCACUGGCUCAUUCCUCGACCCAGUUUUUCUCUAGAAUUGUUCAGAUAGCUAUUUCUCUUUCCAUUGCCUAUUGGAAAACCUCUGGAUUUUUCUUAGUGUUUGUGAAACUCUGAUAACCAAUUAGCUAUACGGAUAUGUUAUUGGGGCUAUUACAUUAGAAUCCAGAUUGGACUAACCAGAUUAGCAGGAGACUCCUUUUUAUUGACUUCAUGCAGUUUUCAGCCUUAUACAAAUUAUUUUUUCCUCCCAAAUGAAGGUGACUUGCUAGUGUUACCUUUAGUUUGAGGGAGGAUUCAAUUGUUUCUUCAUGGGAUUUAGCCAGAAUUGAAUUCUGCCCUCUGAUUAUCUAUAAAUCUUUAAACACAGUCAUCCUUUUUAUGGGGGUGGGUAUUUGAUGUGCCACCCAUAGUUGGGGAGGCUUUGGUUGAUGUUGGUUACUAUGGUGGUAAGUUGGUGAUGGCAUGGGGUAUGACCCUGUGGUGGAUGACCACUUUCCUCACUCCUUGGGUUGCCGAGGCUUAUUUAUGAUAUCUACUUGCUAUGAGAAUCCUUCUUGGAGCUGCUGAAGGAGUGGUGCUCCCUAGCAUGAACAGCAUGAUCUCAAGGGCUAUUGGAAGUCGUAUGUCUGGACUUCACCCUGGCAGUGCAAUUGGGCUUUUGAUAUCACCAAUCAUCAUGGGAAGCUCUCUGCAGCAUGAAGCAGUCCAGAGAGACAUUCCCAAAUAUUCAAGUAUGAGCUGCAAGGCACCAUUGCCUCAUAAAAGAAAUUUGGAAAUUCCAGGGUAUUCCCUCCUUUUGAGGAAAUUACUCCACGAGAUGCCAACAUGGGCUUUGGCUUCUGCAAAUGCUAUGCACAGCGGGUUUUACCAGCUUUGGCUACUGGAUGCCCUUCUACUUCAACAUGUUUUUUGUUAUGCUUUGCUGGAUGCCCUUUUACUUAAACCUGGUAUUCUAUAUUUUUUCAUUUAUGGUGUGCUGGAGUGAUUGUCAAAACGGCUGAAUGCUGGAACACUGACCCUAGCAGUGAAAACAAUCGGCAGAGAGUUUUGUAGAGAAAAUGGGCUUCUUUAAAGGGUCUUUAGUACUCACUUCUCUCAUGUGUGGCCUUGGCUCUCUUUUGGCAUCUAUUCCCCACAAGAGGCAAGUUACA